AUGGCGGCAGCCGAGCAUGCGAUCCCGAUCCGUGAUGAGGCAGUCGCAAUGGAGCUGCCCUCUCUUCCGCCCAACCAGGGCCUGGAGGCAAUGAAAGACAUUGCCUUUGGAUCGGUGAGUGUCUCAUUUUGUCUCGUUCUUACGGGAGCAUCCGCAGUGCCAGGACCUAAUCUCUUUGUCGCAAAUGAUUUUCAGGUGGCCGGAAUGGCGGGAAAAACUAUCGAGUAUCCUUUUGACACGGUCAAAGUGCGGCUUCAAUCUCAACCGGACCACCUUCCCCUUCGAUAUACUGGACCUGUGGACUGUUUCAGACAGUCCUUCCAAGCAGAAGGCAUUCGAGGCCUGUACCGAGGCAUCAGUGCGCCCAUGUUUGGUGCCGCCGUCGAGACCAGCUGCCUGUUCUUCAGCUAUCGCGUCAUUCAGGAUGCAAUACGCGCAGCCUUCUUCCCAGGUGUCGACAAGUUGCAUUUCAUGGUCCUUGUCGCGAGCGGCGCUCUCUCCGGUUCUGUGACUUCCUUGGCUCUCACUCCGAUCGAGCUCAUCAAGUGCAAGAUCCAGGUGCCACUUGAUUCUGCGAGAUACCAUAAGCCCAUCGGACCAUUGGGCAUGAUAGUCCGCGUCUUUCGGGAAGAAGGCAUUCGCGGAUUUUGGCGAGGCCAGAUGGGGACAUUGAUCCGUGAGACUGGUGGCAGCGCCGCCUGGUUUGGUGGUUAUGAGGGCGCGACGUCGCUACUGCGCAAAUACUCUCAGCCACCCGGGUCAUCAGAAUCCACCGAGAGUCUUCCAGUUCAUCAGCAGAUGCUCGCUGGCGCCUCGGCGGGCAUCAGCUACAACUUCCUAUUCUACCCCGCGGACACGAUCAAGUCACGCAUGCAGACUGCGGAUGUAUCGCUUCUUGCCGCCACAGGGGAACGUCAAACUUUUAUUGGCGUUGGACGUGCCAUCUGGAGCCAACAGGGUCUCAAAGGCCUAUAUCGCGGGUGCGGGAUCACCUGUGCGCGUUCGGCGCCAAGUUCCGCCUUUAUCUUCUCGGUCUAUGAAGGCUUACGAUCGUACUUUGGGUGA